CAUGAAUUAGCGAAUCACUUUCGCUUGCGGGCAGAAAUCCAAUUUGUAGCCCUAGUCAACCACAGAAUCCCCAAGUGCAAUCUUAAAAACUUGGGUGUGGAUGGCGUUCAAGACUAUUGCUACGCUGGUUGCGCUGGCCGUGGGCGCGUCGGCUCAGACUCCUAUCGCCCCUGCGGUCCAAGAAUCCGUCCUCCUCGUCCUCGCGACUGCGCUCCCGUCCAACUCCGUAAGCUAUGCGCUCGCCAGCCAAUCUGCCUUCGCCGCGGAAAUGGCCUCGUCGCUCGCCGCAGGCAACCCGCCUUCAUGGUACCAAGCCCUCCCCUCGGACGUGAAGAACCUCCUGCCAGUCCUGUACCCUGGCACCACCGAGGCAUCUGCGACACCUUCUACUACGGCUUCUUCCACGGCUGCGUACACCCCCGCUAUCACGUCCGGUGGCUCAUCGUCCGGUUACCCGACUACUGCGAAUAGUACCGUGUCUGUCAAGAGUGCGACGCUGAGCGCGAGUGGAAGCAAGGUUGCCAGCGCGAGUGGGCCUGCCUUCACGGGUGGCGCGACGUACCCUACCGCUGCAAUUGGCGCCAGUGUUGGUGCAGCCCUUGGCUUCUUGGGCAUGCUUGCUUUAUAAAAAGCAGUAAACGCGACGCGGAAGCAGAUGGACAUUGAAGAGAGAGAGAGAGAGAGAGAGAGAGAGAGAGAGAGAGAGAGAGAGAGAGAGAGAGAGAAAAGGGAGUAGGC